UCGGCGUUUUAUAUAUUGCAGUUUUUUUAGAUGAGACAACGUUACAUAUUAUAUUGUCUGUACUUGUUUAACGUAUAAACUACGCGCGCUCCUACAUCAUGAACUCCAUGCAAGAGAAGUUCGCUACGUUUGAUAUGAACAACAACAAUUCAAAACAGAACAUGAGUCCCAAAAAACCGAAGUUCGGAAUAAUGUUCGAUAUCGAUGGCGUUCUCUUAAGGGGGAAAACCCCCAUCCCUGGAGCGGCUGAGGCCCUCAAAGCGUUGAUGAAUGAGGACGAAACAGAAUACGAAGUUCCCGCUGUUUUCUGCACAAACGGGUUCGGCUUGAGGGAGGUGAAAGCGGCCACGCUUUCGGAUAAACUUGGUGUUAAGGUAAACCCUGAUCAGAUCGUAAUGUCGCAAACUCCACUUGAGAUGUUCCACGAGUUCCAUGAUAAGUGGUGCUUGGUGUCGGGUCCCGAACACGACGGCGGGAGCAAAAAAGUUGCAGAAAGCCUCGGCUUCACAAAGAUAAUAACCAUUGAAGAUUUGCGUGAGGCUUACCCUUACUUAGACUGGGUGGACCGAACACGGUGGCCAAAUCAACAGAUGGAAGAUGACGAUUCGUUCCCCACCAUCGAAGCGAUUGUUAUGCUGGGAGAGCCUAUCAGGUGGGAGACGAACUUGCAACUCAUCAUUGACGUCCUGGUUACCCAAGGGAAGCCCAACCAACCACCGUGUAUUGAAGGACCUCAGCUGCCAGUGUUGGCUGUCAAUAUGGACUUGCAAUGGAUGGCUAAGGCUAAUAUACCAAGAUUCGGCCAUGGGGCGUUUUUAGUUUGCCUCGAGAACUUGUACAAAAAGAUUUGCGGCCGUGACCUUGAGUAUACUGCCUUGAUCGGAAAGCCGAGCGAGAUUACGUACGAAUACUCGCAGAAGCUCAUCGAAGAAAUUGCUACCGGGCUGAACAUGCCAGAGCUGGAUACAGUGUAUGCUAUCGGUGACAACCCUUUAACCGACAUAUACGGUGCAAAUAUGUUCAAUCUAUUCCUUGACAAAAAGCGGAGAGAAAUCGAAAAGAAAAAAAGGGAAUUCGAGCUGAUCAACGCAUCACCAAAAGUAGGUCGCAGGUCGAGGAGCACAUCAGACGCAAAAGUUGAGCCGAACCACAGCUCUACCGAUUCCCAUUUCUCUUUACACGGUGAUAUCACGAACGUGCGGGGAAUAAAAAGGUGCACGUCCGUGCUUGUUUGCACUGGAGUCUACAAACCCGAGCUCGGUGACCCCAACCAGACCAUUGGGGAGGAUGAGGUUUUCCAAAACUCGGAGUUGGAGCCCAGCGUCUCGCCUGUGGCUCCCCCUCAACCCAAGAGGAGAGAUUCGGUCAUCGAUCACGGGCAUCGUGAUCUUCCAUACACAGAGGAAAUGACCCGCGCCGAUCACACGGUCUUUGACGUCAAACGGGCAAUCGGAAAGAUUUUGGAAUUGGAGAAUUGGAAAUAUUAAACUCUCUCCUUUUCUCAUUACCAGUCAUGCCAAACUGUUCAAAAUAUGCGGAAUGAAAUGUAAUUGACUUCCAAAACUAGCGUUUGCCUUGCCUGCACGGGAAGGUAUUUUUUCGUAAUUCUCAACUGGACGUAACGCAAAAACGUUCAUGUGUUCAAGUGUAGACAUACGUUUUCCAGUGUUAUUUUUACCUUUUUCGCUGUGACCUUCGAUUCUGAGGUGUAUCGGGUAACUUCAAAUCCCUUUGUAAGUGAAUGAUGUAACUACGUCUGGUAAUAUUAACGGUAAGGGUGGCUCGCAUCGAGUACAACACGCAAUUAUCAACGCUUGCUUGUUUUUCGCUUCUAAUACAUUGUUAGUAAUUCGCUUGUUUCUGUGGUUACAAUACACUUUGUUUCUCUUCGGAGUCGAAGUA